UCUCUCUCUCUCUCUCUCUCUCUCUAGCUCUGUCAGAAAAGUCAAGAGAGAAAUUCGCCAUUGACAGUGCUCGAUCAUGAAGCUUUUGAGAGAGAGAGAGUGGUGACAGCGAGGGAAUUUGCCGGUCUAUAAAGAAAGGAGCAAUUUUUAACCCUUUUCCUCGCAUAGUGGAGGACUUGUCAUCGAGCGCUUUGCUUUUCGAUUCUCCCCACCUCGCUUUCCAAGCACCAAAAGCAAAAACUAAAUGUGACCCAUACCCGCAGCACGCACAAUCCCUUCUUCGGUUCUUUUCGGUGGAGGAGUAGUAGGGGGUGGGAUCGUCGCCGGAGAAAAGAGUCCCCACCAGUCGUCUCGCCUUUCCAAGGGUGAAGAUCCGCAAUUCCUUCUUCGAGUCGGUAGUUUGGGGCCUGAUUUCUCUCUCUUCUGAUGUUGUAUUCACAACCGUCGUUCCGACCACCUGUUAAUUUCUGGUCCAGACCCCCUCUGCUCUGCUCAAUUUCCUACCUUUUCCUUCCCUCGGAUGUCUUCUUCAUAUGCUGCUUCAAUUGCCUUAGAUUUCGCCUGAAAAUUUGACGCUUUCCGCGAUACUAGCUCUCUCUGUUCUUGCUUCCACGUUCGUCUGCCAUUUAUUAAUUCGGAGGUCAAUUUGAAUUUACCCAUCUAGCUGGUUUUUGUGGGGUUGAAAUGGGUGAUAGACUUAGGUCAGUCUCAAUUGAGGAUUUGCCCUCACAUUUGAUUCUUGAGAUUCUGAGCUGCGGCCGGCUCAGUUCAGUUGAUCUUGUUUUCUUAGAAUUGACCUCUAAAACUUUUGGGGGUAGUCAUGGCCUGCACCCGAGCAAAUUUCGAUCGCUCGUGGAGCUUGCCGUGUAUCAACUCUGUGAUUCUCAUCCUAUAUAUUCCUCGAUGAGCCUGAAAUCGAAAAAGGAAAUCUUUGAUCGAUGCGGUGGCAAUUGGAAGCGGCUUUUGAGGUUCCUGCAAUCUGUGGAGCAAUCAUCCGACAUGGUUGAAACAUCCUCUGGCAAGCAGAUGCAGGUUACCACCGGGAGAUAUCAUACAUUACUUCUCCAUGAUUCAUCCGUUUAUUCUUGUGGAUCUAGUCUAAGUGGUGUUCUCGGUCAUGGUGCUGAAACAACACAAUGUGUAGCAUUUACACCUAUAAGUUUUCCAUAUGCGACGCAUGUAUUACAAGUCUCAGCCUCCCAUAAUCAUGCUGCUUUUGUCACACGGUCUGGAGAGGUUUUCACUUGUGGAGAUAAUUCGUCCUACUGCUGUGGACAUAGAGAUACAGCACGUCCAAUAUUUAGACCUCGGCUUGUCGAAGCAUUGAAAGGAGUUCCCUGCAAACAGGUUGCUGCAGGGCUUAAUUUUACUGUUUUCCUCACAAGAGAUGGUCAUGUCUAUACAUGUGGCAGCAACACUUGUGGACAACUUGGUCAUGGUGACACUCUGGAGAGGCCGACGCCGAAGAUGAUUGAACAAUUUGAAGCCGUAGGCCCUGUGGUACAAAUUGCUGCUGGUCCAAGUUAUGUGUUCACUGUAUCAGAAAAUGGGGCGCUCUACUCUUUUGGUUCGGGUUCCAACUUCUGUCUUGGACAUGGAGAGCAGCAUAAUGAGUCCAACCCCCGUCAAAUUCAAUCAUUUAGAAGGAGGGACGUCCAUGUGGUGCAUGUUUCUGCAGGUGACGAGCAUGCUGUGGCGCUGGAUUCUAAUGGACUUGUUUACACUUGGGGCAAAGGUUAUUGUGGUGCUCUAGGCCAUGGAGAUGAGAUUGAUAAAACUACCCCAGAACUUGUAGAGAGCCUAAAGGGCCAUCUUGCAGUACAGGUCUGCGCAAGAAAGAGGAAAACCUUCGUCUUGGAGGAACACGGUUACGUGUAUGGUUUUGGAUGGAUGGGAUUUGGCAGCCUAGGGUUUCCAGACAGAGGAGCAUCCGAUAAAGUCAUGAGGCCGAGAAUCCUUGAUAGCCUGAGGACACACCACAUUUCCCAAAUUAGUACCGGUCUGUACCACACUGUGGUGAUAACUGGCAAAGGGCGGUUGUUUGGGUUCGGAGACAAUGAGAGGGCACAACUCGGGCACGACAUGCUGAGAGACUGCCUGGAACCGACCGAGAUAUUUGUCCAACAAACAGUGGAUGAAAUGGGAUGCAGCUCUGGAGUAGUGUAAGACUCUGGCUCCAAUUGUUGAAGCUAAUGAUUUUUUUGUAUUUAAGUAUGUUAGAUUAUAUGUUUGAUGUCCUUACUGGGAUUGCAUAAAGCUCCAGUGUGGAACUUAUGGGGCCAAUCUUGUCUCCUAAAAAAGGUGCUGUACGGAAAUACUCACUUGUAGUUGCUUUCACCUCAUUAUGCUUCUAAACCACUCUUCCAUUUAUAUAGUCUGCUGCCACCUUUUGCUUCAA